UGGAGUUAGACUCAGUCAGAGCCGAGCCCGCUAUUUCUCUAUUUCCUCUCUUCUCCAACACAAUUACAUUCGACACCAUCUCUCACUCUCUUUUCUCCCUCUUUUCUAUCUGCUCUCUCUCCCGCUUUUCUAUCUGCGACCUAGCCGCCCCAUAGCCAGUCUCCACCGCCCUCACCUCCGGUGAAACCCAUAAGACGCUCUCGUCUUCUUCUCUUCUUAGCUUCCCACCACUCGUUUCUGUUCAUGUAAUCAUCGUCAAUAAUCUGAGCCUUAUUAACUUUCUGGUUUUCAGCUUUCAACCAAGUGGAAUGAUCAGUUGCGAAUCACGGAUUCAGACGAUCUCUGUAAUUCAAGCCGGUGAUAAUACCAUUUUGAUUUCUGCUUUCGAUUCACUACACGAUCGCUGUAAUUUAAGCCGGCUUCGGGAUUUUACAACUUGGUUCUUGCAAGACUUGUAUACAAACCGUUAGUACAAACAAACAUUUCUCUUAAUGGGUCAUCCACAUAAGGAAAGCAAUAAGAGAAGAGGCAAGAAACAAAGCCAACCAAUUUCAAAUUUGAAGCAACCUGGAUGCCAAAACCCUACACUUGGUCAGACUACUGAGGAAUCUAAGCUUUUUAGCAGUUUGAUGAAAACAGAAGAGAGUGUGUUGUUUAACUCUACCAUAGUAGAAGAGGAUGCUGAUGCUGCAGUAUUGACAGAUACAACGACCCUUUUGAGUGACGAUGAUAAUUGGACAGAUACUUCUUUUGAUUUCUCAGAUAAUGAUGCUUCGUGCUCAAACUCUGAUGUUUCGUAUAUAUCUGGUAGUAUGGAGAAACAGAGGAUAGUGUCAGAUAUAUCAAUGAAUUCUUCCUAUGAGGUAGCACUCGCUGAGGUUCUGAAGACAUUGGAAGCAAUGCCUGAUUUAAGUGAACCCUCAUCCGAACUUUCCAAGAAUAGACAAUAUCACUACUCAAACACAACGAUUGAACCUGUCAGAGCUUAUUUUGAAAAAUGUGGCAUACAUGAGCCCGGUAGAAAGUCAUACCUACCUUUGUCAUCUAAUAAUGAUCUUCAGACAUGGCCUGCUUUAACUCCUAUUAAGCCCUCAUUUGAGUUUUCGAAGAGUAGACAGCAACACAACUCAAACAUAGGAGUUGUUACAGAUGUUCUUAAAGAAAGUUACGUUUUACUUGGUGGGGCUUCUUACAUUGCGUCAUCAUCUAAUAGUGAUCUCGAGGAGGGUAAUAUGUCAUUCAAGAGGAGUUGGCGUGAAGUUCUUAUUGGCCUCGGAACUUCCUCUGAAGAGACUCAGACUCGGGAAAUUAAAGGAAAGAGUCCAUUACAUAAUCCAGAUAGUUGGGUGAAGAUAGUAAAAAAAGGGUCACACACUCGCGACUCUAAAGGAAAGAGUGCAUUACAUGAUCCAGAUAGUUGGGUGAAGGUAGUAAAAAAAGGGUCCCACAUGCAAAAACUUGACUAUCCUUCAAAAGACACCGCAAAAAAGCAGCAUAUUCCUAUGGACGAUUAUAAGAAGUACAGGCAUAACGCAAAUCAACAUUGGGAAAUCCAAAAGUCCCUCGUUGAGCAGGCUAGAAACGCAUAUGCAAGUGGAAAACGGAAUGAGUGGGUAAAUCUCUCCGAACAGGUCAUAGGAGACAUCUUAGGUUGUAAGCCUGAGCACCACCUUUCUUGGGGACAUUGUGAUUUACCUUUCCAUGUUUGUCAAGGGUUCAAGUCCCAACAGCCACAAUGUGUGAAAGUUCGGAUUCUAAUAUGGAUUAAGCUCCUUGCAAGGAUGUGGAAGGAAAAAGCUGAGCAAGCUGAUGAAAAGGCUAGCCAGGAUAUUUUUGAUUCAAGGAACAAAAAUAAUAUUGUAGAUCUAAUGACAAUCGAUUUACAUGGACAACAUGUGAAAGAGGGAAUGAUGAGACUAAAAUACCACCUUGCAUUUGGUGUAUAUGGUCGAUCUCUGCGGCGGCUCCGCGUCAUCACCGGAUAUGGGAGUGGAGGAACUGGGCAGUCGAUGCUGAAACAAGCGGUUGUUGAUCUCUUAAAAACAGAGAAAUUUGAGUGGGAGAAAGAAAACGAAGGUAGUCUUCUAAUCAAAUUUGACAUGAAGAAGAGAGAGUUGGGGUUUGUGAAAUUGUAGUUACUCUUAUUAAUCUUUUUUUGUUUCAUUUUUUUCUUUGGAUAAUUUGUUGUACGAGAAUGAAACAAAUAUGUGGCCAAUGAGUUCGAUUACCCAAAAGCCUUUUGAACAUGGGUUAAUUUACACCGUCAAAAAUGAUAAUUAAACAA